UCAAUUGAAAGUUGAGACAUGCGCGGUUCAACACGCUUUCUGUCAACGCAAGCUGUCAUUCACAUUUAUCCUCCAAAACAUGUUUUAUUUUCUCCACCGUAGGUUUUUCCAUUCAUCGUGUCGCCUCCCGAAGAAGAAAAGCAACGCGGAGCAAAGGUGGCUCGCUCGUCAGGCGAACGACCCUUACGUCAAAGCUUCACACGCUCUAAACUUUCGCUGCCGGAGCGCCUUCAAGUUGCUGGAGAUUGAUGACAAGUUCCGCCUGUUGCAGCCCGGAAUCGGCGUGGUGGACUGCGGGGCGGCGCCCGGAGCCUGGAGCCAGGUGGCCGUGCACCGGGUCAAUUCAGCGGGGACAGAGCCAACAUCACCCAUGGGUACAGUCAUCGGUAUUGACCUCCUAAACGUAGCACCUCUGGAUGGUGCCCACUUUCUGUCAAGCCAUGACGUCACUGACCCUGCCACGCACGCCAAGCUGCCCGACUUACUGCCUGGCGGCCGGGCUCAUGUCCUCCUCAGCGACAUGGCGCCCAACGCCAGCGGCUUUCGGGAGAUGGACCACGAGAGGCUCGUCGGUUUGUGCUUGUCACUACUGGACUUGGCCGAGACUAUUUUGCGCCCUGGAGGCUCUCUGCUGUGCAAAUAUUGGGAUGGCUCCCUGGCCCAUCAUCUCCAGGACAAACUUUGUCUCACGUUUGGGAGUGUUCGGAGUUUAAAGCCACAUGCGAGCCGCAAAGAUUCUGCAGAGAGGUAUUUCCUUGCCAGAAACUACAGGAAACCAGUGAGUGGAUAGACUUUAUUACCUCUACGAAGGAAGGACAAAAUAGUUUCUGCCAUUUUUUUCAUGGCUAUAACUUUUGUACGACUCUUUUGUCCCAAGGAUUUCUGAUUCAAGUGUGCCUUGUGUUUACACGGUCCUGUCAAACCAAGUGUCACUCUAGAUCUGAUCCAGAUUUGGCAUCAAGUGCAAUCGUCCAAAUCCAGUUGAACAUGUUUCCAUGUCCAUCUAAUCACAUUAUAUUAUCUUGUAUUUUAAAAAUAUGUCUGUAGGACAUUUGUUACCAGAAAGGACACAAUUUGGAUCAUUUGUCAAUCAGCAGAUAACAAUAAUAUUGAAUGCUGUGAUUAAAAAAAAAAGGAAAUGUCGUAUAGUGUAAUUAUUAAAACUCGAAUGAUUGAAGUAAUUUGAAAUGGUUACUCAUUUUCCUUUUUUUAUGUACUGUAAUAUUUUUCCCCACAUUGAUUAGGAUACAACCGCACCCUCUGUAAGUUAUAAAUAAGAGUAUUGCAUAUAGUAUCCAUACUGUGUGUAUGGAUAUGUGAAAUAGUUAAGAAAAAGUCCAAUGAAUUAAAACAAAACAAAAUGACUGAUAUUUUAUAAGUUACUGAAAGGAAUUGAAGUGGUGGUGUGUGCUUGAUAGUCAGGAAAAUAGCUUGUAAUAUUUCACGAUUAAAGAAAUAAAAAAACAAAUACAGUGGUUA